UGACUGGAAGCUGUGGCUCUGAGUAAAUCCGCCUCUGCGCUUUCACAAUCAAAUUGAGGAAUUUAAUAUAUAAUUCUAGCUUGCAUGCAAACUGGAACUUAUUUAAGUGGCAGCAACAAACGCGUAGCAGUGUAUCAAAGGUGCAGCUGUGUGCUUGUUGCUGCUCACCCGUGUGGUUGACCCCUACGGCCUAACCCGUUCCUGAUAGGCAGACCAGAGGCGAGGCUGAGGGAAGCGACGGGAUGCGCAGUUUAUCAGCUGACAAGUGCAUAUCGGACAACGGAGUAGCAGAGCGGCUGGCGAGACUCCGCAUCCUCACCGAGUGAGUUUUCUGCUUUUAAACAUCCAGCGCAAGUGCUUGGCGACUGGAAAAAAUAUAUAUAACGGUGUUACCUCAGAGAGGGGACAACUGCAUUGUCGGAAGUAUUGCUUGAGCUCAGCCACCGGGACUACUGGGAAGAUUUCUAGGCUGAAACACGUUUCUCGCGCGGAGCUGCCAGCUGAAGCUCCUUGCUCCAUCACCACGCAGCAGCACAACGUUCACGCACAAGUCGGCUGUUCCGAGCUUCAGCCUCUAAUCAAGCCGAGAGAUUUCCGGGGAGUAGUGAAAGAGGUCUCUCUGAAGAAUCCACACUGUGCUGAAUUGCAAACGCGGUCAUUGUAAGAAACGUAUCGCGUCGCGCUCAGCUCCCCGCUUCCUGCAAGUUUGGACUAAAGCGCACCGUUGGAAGUUUAUGUGCCGCUGCUUCGGACAGGCUCGAAGACGCUUCAUGCAGGUAGAGUAGCUGGAAGGCUGAAUGGACUGAAGAAGUGGGCGACAGAGGUUCAGAAGUGGGGAGGAGGGUUUGGGGGGAAAUCGGUUACAGGACGAGAAUCAAAGCCACAGGAGGAAGAGGAGAGGGGGUAAAGUAGUGAAAUAAUCCAGUGGUGAGUGUCUCAGGAGAGUGCCGGUGGUGAAGGGGAGCGGAGUUGGAUACCCAGCAUGCAGGCAGCAUGGAAAGGGUGAGGGAGCAGCGGCCUUUCUGCUCGCUGUCCAAGAGCCAGAGAGACCGAGAGAGACACUGUGAGAGAGACAAGGAUCGAGAGCGCCGUUACACCGCCUCCUCAUCAGACCGGGACGAGGGAGCCUGCCGCGUGCCCACUCAGAAAUCCUACAGCUCCAGUGAGACGCUCCAGGCCUUUGACCAUGACCCUUCACGAAUGCUCUUUGGAGGAAGAGUCAAGGAGAUGGUCCAUAAGGAAACUGCAGAGUACACAAGGCCAGGGCAGACAUUUUCGCUAAGGCAACUCGGGAUUUGUGAGCCACCGGCUCGCAGAGGCUUGGCUCUCUGCCCCGAGACUGGCCUCUCCCACCCACUCAGCAGCUAUUCCAGAGGACCCGUCGUUACCGAAAACCAUGAACCUGUAUCACCAGAACGUACCAUUACUCUUUGGGGGACAGGGGCAAAAUCGGGGCAGAAUUCAUGCCUUUCCAGCCGCUCUAACUCGGCGCUCACACUCACUGACACCGAAAUGGACAAUAAAUCGGACAAUGAGAUGGGUGACCAUCUGUCAAGUCAGCAAGCUCCACCUCCUCUGCCACCAGCUCCACCCCCACACAGGCAACACCCCUCCAUCACUUCCCUGAGCCGCAGCUCACUGGCCAAUCAAAGGAGCCCGAGUCCACCACCCACAGCCGGCCUGGCGGCUGACUUGCAGAGUACGGCGGAAUGCGUCCAGCUGCAGGACAGCUGGGUCCUGGGCAGCAAUGUGGCCCUGGAGAGCAGGCACUUUCUUUUUAAAACGGGCACAGGGACGACACCUUUCUUUGGCGCAGCAGCCCCUGGGUACACCAUGGCAACGGGGACUGUUUACUCCACACCUGCGCGUCCUUUGCCCAGAAACAGCCUGUCCAGGGGGGCUUUCAAGUUUAAGAAGUCCCCUAAACAUUGCUCCUGGAAAUGCACCGCCCUGAUUGCUGUAGGCAUAGCUGUGGUUCUGUCCAUCAUUCUCUGCUACUGCAUAGCAAUGCACCUUUUCGGCCUCAAUUGGCAGCUCCAAGAGUUGGACAACCAGCCGGCUUUUGAAAAUGGAGGAGUUGGGAAAACAGGGCCCACUCAGUCGAGUGUAGGGACAGCUCUCUCUGCUGAUGGAAGGACUAGCGUGCUUCAUCCGGAAAACAACUCCAUCGAUACUGGGCAGGUGGACAUAGGGAAGCGAGUGGGCCAGAGCAUUCCACCGGGUGUGUUCUGGCACUCUCAAAUAAACAUGGAGGAACCAGGCUUUCUUAAGUUCAACAUUUCAGUACAGAAAAAUGCACUGAUUGGAGUCUAUGGACGAAAGGGCCUCGCACCAUCUCACACUCAGUAUGACUUUGUCGAGCUACUGGACGGCAGUCGGCUUAUCGCCAAAGAGCAUCGGGCUCUGAGUGAACCGGACACAAGGGCCCGCUCAGACCCAGUUGCCGUCCACCAAGCCGGAUUCAUCCAGUACCUGGACUCAGGAGUGUGGCACUUUGCGUUUUAUAAUGACGGACGGAACGUGGAGACCGUGUCCUAUAACACCAUCAUCCAAGAAUCGGUGACAGAGUGCACACACAACUGCUAUGGGAACGGGGAGUGUAUGGCAGGAUCGUGUCACUGUUUCCCAGGAUUCAUAGGACCAUAUUGUUCCAGAGCCGCCUGUCCAGUGUUGUGCAGCGGUAACGGCCAGUACACCAGGGGGCGCUGUCAGUGCUACAGCGGCUGGAAAGGCACCGAGUGUGACGUUCCUGCGUCCCAGUGUAUUGAUCCUCAGUGCGGGGGACAUGGGCUCUGUGUUGCUGGAAACUGUGCGUGCAACACAGGACACAAAGGAACCAACUGUGAACAAGUGGACUGUGUGGACCCGACGUGCUCUGGUCACGGAGCCUGUCAUCAUGGCGAGUGCCACUGUAACCCAGGCUGGGGAGGGAUCAGUUGUGAGAUCCUGAAGAGCACUUGUCCAGAGCAGUGCUCCAGUCACGGCACCUUCAACACCGACUCGGGAACCUGCAUCUGCGAGGCGAACUGGACAGGUGCCGACUGCUCCAUAGAGGUGUGUGUGGUGGACUGUGGCCCCCACGGCUCCUGCAUAAGUGGUGUGUGUCACUGCGAGGAAGGCUGGACAGGACCAGAAUGUGAGCAGAGGGACUGUCACCCACGCUGCAUCGACCACGGAGUCUGCCGAGAGGGCAAGUGUGACUGCCACCAGGGCUGGACGGGUGAACACUGCACCAUCGCCCUGGAUUCAAGAGUAUCAGGAGCAGUCAAGAUAGGAUAUAAAGACGGCUGCCCCGGGCUGUGCAACAACAAUGGGAGGUGCGUCCUGGAUCAAAACGUCUGGCACUGCAUCUGCCAGUCAGGAUGGAGAGGGCUGGGAUGCGAUGUAGCGACCGAAACGCUCUGUUCAGAUGGCAAGGAUAACGAGGGAGACGGGCUCAUCGACUGCAUGGAUCCAGACUGCUGCACUCAGAUUGCCUGCCAGGGUCAGACCUACUGUCGUGGCUCACCUGACCCAGCUGCCAUCGCAAGCCAGAGCCAGAGUUCAGUCGCCCAGUCUUCUUCUAAGAGCUUUUAUGAACGCGUCAGUUUUUUGAUCGGCCCCAGUGGCAGUCACGUGAUACCCAGGGAUAACCCUUUCAACAGCAGCCUGGCAUCAGUCAUCCGGGGUCAGGUCCUAACGGGAGAUGGGACACCGCUGAUUGGAGUCAACGUGUCUUUUCUGCACUACUCAGAGUACGGCUAUACUAUCACACGGCAAGAUGGCAUGUUUGACCUCUUGGCCAACGGUGGAGCAUCACUGACGCUGAGCUACGAACGAGCUCCCUUCCCCACAUUGCACCGAACAGUGUGGCUGCCCUGGAACGUCUUUCAUGUGAUGGACACGGUGGUGAUGAAGCGGGAAGAGAACGACAUCCCCAGCUGUUACCUGACGGGCCUAGUCAGGCCCAACCCCGUCAUCCUGGCCACACCCCUUUCUACUCUUUACAAGACCUCCCCAGAGGACAGUCCUAUCAUCCCAGAAACCCAGGUCCUUCAUGAGCAAGUGGCCAUACCAGGCAGUGACCUCAACCUGGUCUACCUGAGCUCCAGGGCAGCUGGCUACAAGCCCAUCCUCAAGGUGCUCCUGACCCAGGACCGUCUCCCCUUUGGCCUGAUGAAAGUCCACCUGAUGGUGGCCAUCAUGGGCCGUCAGUUCCAGAAGUCUUUUCCUGCCUUCCCCGACCUUUCUUACACUUUCAUCUGGGAUAAAACAGACGCCUACAAUCAGAAGGUCUUUGGCCUGGCGGAGGCUGUGGUGUCAGUGGGAUAUGAAUACGAGUCCUGUCUUGAUGUGGUGCUCUGGGAAAAGAGGACAGCGGUGUUACAAGGCUAUGAACUGGAUGCCUCCAACAUGGGCGGGUGGAUGUUAGACAAACACCACAUAUUGGACAUUCAGAAUGGCAUACUUUACAAAGGGAGUGGGGAGAACCAGUUUAUCUCUCUCCAGCCCCCUGUGAUUUCCACUGUUAUGGGGAAUGGACGGCGUCGAAGCAUCUCGUGCCCCAGCUGUAAUGGGCAGGCCCAAGGCAACAAGCUCUUGGCACCGGUGGCUCUGGCAUGGGGUAUUGAUGGAAGCCUGUAUGUGGGAGAUUUCAACUACAUCCGCCGUAUCUACCCAUCUGGCAAUGUCACAAGUAUCAUGGAGCUGAGAAAUAAAGACUUUAGACACAGUAACAACCCAGCACACCGGUACUACCUGGUGACUGAUCCAGUGAGCGGCCAGCUGUAUGUGUCGGACACAAACUCCCGGAGGAUCUACCGACCGAGAACUUUGGCUGGAAGCAAGGAUCUGCCGUCAAACGCAGAGGUGGUAGCGGGAACCGGCGAACACUGUCUGGCAUUUGAUGAGGACCACUGUGGCGAUGGCGGCAAAGCUCCAGAGGCCUCUCUCAUUGGACCCAAAGGCAUUGCAGUGGACAAGAAUGGGCUGAUUUAUUUUGUUGAUGGCACCACAAUCAGAAAAGUGGACCAAAACGGCAUCAUCUCCACUUUCCUCGGUUCGAAUGACCUGACAUCGGCUCCCCCGCUGACCUGUGACAAUAGCAUGGACAUCAAUCAGGUGAUUUUGGAGUGGCCCACAGACCUAGCAGUUAGCCCAAUGGACAACUCGCUGUAUGUUCUGGACAACAAUAUAGUGCUGCGCAUUUCAGAAAAUGGUCAAGUCAGCAUUGCAGCUGGCCGACCUAACCACUGCCCAUUGGCUGGACUGGAGCGGGGAGUGGCUGGUGGUCAGAGGGCACAAUUAACCCCUCUAGAAUCCGCUGUUUCCAUUGCCAUAUCUUACCAUGGUACCAUCUACGUAGCAGAGACAGAUGAGCGAAAGAUGAGCAGGAUCCGGAAGGUUUCUGUGGAUGGUGAGAUAACGCAUUUGGCCGGGGCUCCCUCCGACUGCGAUUGCAAAAAUGAUGCCAACUGCGACUGUUACCAGACAGGGGAUGGUUAUGCCAAAGAUGCAAGGCUCAAUGCUCCAUCUUCUUUAGUGGCAGCUCCAGAUGGAACACUCUACGUGGCAGACCUGGGCAACAUCCGCAUCCGGGCCAUCUCUAGAAACGGGCCAACUUCCAGUGCCAAUACAUACGAAGUGGCUUCCCCUGAUGCCCAGGAGCUGUAUGUGUUUGACAGCAAUGGUACCCACCAACACACUGCAAGCUUGCUGACUGGUGACUUGAAAUAUACUUUCAGCUACAGCACAGAGAAUGACAUCACAGCUGUUACUGACAGCAGUGGCAACACUCUGAGAAUUCGUAGGGAUCCCAAUCGCAUGCCGGUGCGUAUCGUCGCACCUGAUAACCAGGUGAUCUGGAUGACCAUGAGCACCAACGGUGGAUUGAAGACACUCACAGCACAGGGUCAGGAGCUGGUACUUCUUACGUACCAUGGCAAUAAUGGGCUGCUGGCUACAAAGACAUCAGAGAUUGGCUGGACAACAUUCUACGACUAUGACAGUGAAGGACGCCUAAUGAAUGUGACGUUUCCCACUGGAAUGGUGAAUAACUUGUACACGGACCUAUACAGCGCUUUGACGGUGGAUAUUGAAAGCUCCAUGACAGAGGAGGAAAUCAGCAUCACAACAAAUACCUCAAUUGUCCGUGCCUUCUACACUUUGGCUCAGGACCAGUGUAGAAGUAGCUACCAAGUGGGGUAUGACAAUUCGCUCAGGAUUACCUAUGCCAACGGGAUGGACACCCACUACCAGACAGAGCCCCACAUCCUGGCAGGCGCUGCCAACCCGACUGUAGCCAGACGCAACAUGAGCUUGCCAGGGGAGAGUGGGCAAAACUUGGUAGAGUGGCGCUUCCGCAAAGAACAAGCCAGAGGGAAAGUUAUCGUGUUUGGACGCAAGCUGAGGGUGAACGGACGGAACAUUCUUUCCGUUGAUUAUGAUCGCACCCUAAGGACAGAGAAAAUUUAUGAUGACCACAGGAAGUUCCUCUUAAAGAUUAUUUAUGACACCGCAGGACAUCCAGUUCUCUGGGUACCCAGCAGUAAGCUGCUCCCAGUUAAUGUCAGUCGCACAAGCAGUGGGCAGAUCAGUGCCCUGCAGAGAGGUCCUACCACUGAGAGGCUUGAGUAUGAUAGCCAAGGCCGCCUGAUUUCCAGGGUGUUUGCUGAUGGGAAGAUAUGGAGCUACACCUACCUAGAGCAGUCCAUGGUUCUCCUGCUUCACAGCCAGCGACAGUAUAUAUUCGAUUUUGACUCUCUCGACCGUCUAUCUGCUGUCACCAUGCCAAGUGUGGCCCGCUACACCAUGCAGACCAUUCGUUCAGUGGGUUACUACAGGAACCUUUAUCACCCGCCAGAGAGCAAUGCCUCAGUAGCGGUGGACUACAGUGAAGAUGGCCUCCUGCUGAGAAUAGGUCACUUUGGCACAGGCCGGAGAGUCCUGUACAGGUACCGCAGGCAGAAUAAACUGUCAGAGAUCCUGUAUGACAGCACAAGGGUCAGCUUCACCUAUGAUGAAACAGCAGGUGUGCUGAAGACUGUCAACCUGCAAAAUGAAGGUUUCAUCUGCUCUAUUCGCUACCGGCAAGUGGGUCCCCUGGUCGACCGGCAGAUUUUCCGCUUCAGUGAGGAUGGCAUGGUCAAUGCACGCUUUGAUUAUACUUAUGACAGCAGCCUGCGUGUCACCAGUGUACAAGGCGUCAUAAACGAAACGCCACUUCCCAUCGACUUAUACCAGUUUGAUGACAUCUCAGGAAAGGUUGAGCAGUUUGGAAAGUUUGGGGUGAUCUACUAUGAUAUAAAUCAGAUCAUAUCCACUGCAGUCAUGACAUAUACCAAACACUUUGAUGCACAUGGACGCAUCAAGGAAAUCCAGUAUGAGAUAUUUCGGUCACUCAUGUACUGGAUUACUUUCCAAUAUGACGAUGUGGGCAGAGUCACCAAGCGAGAGAUCAAGAUUGGUCCUUUUGCUAAUACCACCAAGUACAGCUAUGAGUAUGAUGUGGAUGGCCAGCUCCAGACUGUAUUCUUAAACGACAAAGUGAUGUGGCGCUAUACUUAUGACCUUAAUGGAAAUCUGCACCUGCUGAAUGCAGGAAACAGUGCCAGACUUUUACCUCUGCGUUACGACCUGCGAGACCGCAUCACCCGGCUCGGAGACAUCCAGUAUAGAAUGGAUGAAGAUGGUUUUCUUCGUCAGAGGGGAGCAGAAAUCUUUGAGUACAACUCUAAAGGCCUUUUGGUACGGGUUUAUAGCAAGAGCAGCGGCUGGACAAUUCAGUAUCGUUAUGAUGGACUUGGCCGAAGAGUAUCCACAAAGAGCAGCCUGGGCCAGCACCUGCAGUACUUUUAUGCAGAUCUGAGCUAUCCGGCUCGAAUAACACACGUAUACAACCACUCAAGUUCAGAGAUCACCUCACUCUACUAUGACCUACAAGGCCACGUAUUUGCUAUGGAGAUCAGCAGUGGAGAGGAGUUCUAUAUUGCUUGUGAUAACACCGGCACACCUCUGGCUGUCUUCACAAGCAACGGCCUCCUGGUCAAACAGCUUCUAUACACAGCAUAUGGUGAGGUCUACUUGGACUCUAACCCAGAUUUCCAGCUUGUGCUCGGCUUUCACGGGGGCCUUUAUGAUCCUCUGACUAAACUGUUGCACUUUGGGGAGAAGGAUUAUGAUAUAAUGUCUGGAAGGUGGACCAUUCCAGAUGUUUCUGCUUGGAAAAAAAUUGGCAAAGAGCCAGUCCCUUUUAAUCUGUACAUGUUCAGAAAUAACAACCCCAUCAGCAAAGUCCAUGAAGUUAAAGAAUACGUUGCAGAUGUUAACACCUGGCUAGUAACUUUUGGUUUCCAUCUUCACAACACCAUUCCUGGUUUUCCAGUCCCAAAGUUUGACUUGAGCAUGCCAUCGUAUGAACUGAGGAAGAGUCAGCUGUGGGAUGAUCUGCCGUCUAUCUCUGGGGUCCAGCAGGAAGUAACCAGACAAGCACACUCUCUCUUGUCAUUCGAGCGGCUGCCAGAGGUCCAUCUCAAUAGAGGUCGGAGAGGUGAAAAGUCUUGGCUGUGGUUCUCAGCUGCAAUGUCUCCCAUCGGAAGGGCUGUUAUGUUUGCCAUCUACAAGGGCAGUGUCCACACUCACACACUCAACGUGGCCAGUGAGGACUGUAUCAAGGUUGCAUCAAUCCUCAACAAUGCUUUCUAUCUAGAAGACCUCCACUUUACCAUAGAAGGGCGAGACACCCACUACUUUGUCAAGCCAGGCCUUCCAGAUGCUGACCUUGCUGCGUUACACCUCACUAGUGGACACAAGACUCUUGAGAAUGGUGUCAAUGUGACUGUUUCCCAGUCCACCACAGUCAUGGACAGUCGAACUCGGCGAUUUGCAGAUGUGGAGAUUCGUGCUGGUGCUCUGGCUUUCCAUAUCCGCUACGGAUCCACAGUGGAUGAGGAGAAAGCGCGAGUUAUCGAGCUUGCACGUCAGCGUGCCCUGGCAGGCGCAUGGGCCAAAGAGCAGCAGCGAGUGAGGGACGGUGAAGAAGGGGUUCGCCCCUGGACAGAAGGGGAGAAGAGGCAGCUUCUGAGUAGUGGCAAAGUUUUGGGAUAUGAUGGGUACUAUGUGCUUUCCAUCGAGCAGUACCCAGAACUAGCAGACAGCACUAAUAACAUCCACUUUCUCCGGCAAAGUGAAAUUGGGAAGAGGUAACAAUACCAGGUGUACUUUCUGCCAAAGAGACUUUGUUUUGGUGGAGACUCUCCAGUCGACAGAAAUGAAAAGCAACUUUAAUUAAUAGUUGCUGGUGGGUGCCCUGAGUGUUAUUGUGUUUUUGUAUAAAAAUAGAAAAAAAAAAGAACAAAGAAAAA